AUGACUGAUACCGAAGUUGCUGCUGCGGCUCCAGCUGCCGCUACCUCUCCUGCCAAGGCCACCAAGAAGCCGAAGGCUCCCAAGGGAGAUAAGAAGCCGAAGAAGCCAUCCACCCACCCGCCGGUCAACGACAUGGUUGUUGCCGCCAUCAAGGCCCUGAAGGAACGCAAAGGAUCGUCGCUGCAGGCCAUCAAGAAGUACAUUGCCGCCAACUACAAGUGCGAUGUGGCCAAGCUGUCGCCCUUUAUCAGAAAGGCCCUGAAGAGUGGUGUUGAGAAGGGAAAGUUCGCCCAAACCAAGGGCACCGGAGCUUCCGGAUCGUUCAAAAUCAAGGCUGAGGAAAAGAAGCCAGCUGGUGAGAAGAAGAAGAAGGUCGCUGCCAAGAAGCCAAAGAAGGCUGCUGGUGAGAAAAAACCAAAGAAGGCCGUUGGUGAGAAGAAGGCUGUUGCCAAGAAACCAAAAGCCGCUGGCGCUAAGAAGCCAAAGGCCGCUGCGGAGAAGAAGGCCAAGGCUGCUACUGCCAAGACCGCCAAGAAAGCCGGCACAGUAAAGAAGGCCGCUGCUCCCAAGAAGGCUGCUGCCCCCAAAAAGGCCGCUGCCAAGCCAAAGGUCGCCAAGAAGCCCAAGACGCCCAAGAAGCCAGCGGCCAAGAAGACUGUAGUAAAGAAGGCUGCUGCCAAGAAGUAAAUUGUCUCCUAUUUGACCAAUUGAACUUAACCAAUCAGUCCUUUUCAGGACUACCGAUCAUUUCAAGUCAGAGUUUUCAAAUGAUUUUUUUUCAU